UUUGCAUUAUUUGCUCAACCAUCGAAGCAAUAGUUGUUGUCAGAAACUACUUGUGUGUGCACUCAUACACGAAGGGCAGUGCAUGUAUUUUCAUUGUUUCCAUUAAAAUGUGACUUCUUGAAUUUUGUCCGCUUGUCGUAUGCUCGGUUUAUCACAGUUAGUUUGAGCUACAUUAUUGUUUUCCUCGGAUUUGAGCGGAACGUUGUUUGACGUUAGCUAACAUUAACAAAGUUGAAUAAUGACAGUGCCCCUGCUUGUCGAGAUGCAGUGAUAUGUUGCCUAGCGUGCAUGUGGGAAUUAGAGGCUACACUGACACCAAAACAGCUGCAUUGCCAUCAAUUUAGGCCCUCGGGAUGGCUGCUGCACAACCUGCAGCUGGACCAAGUACCUCUCAAAAGGAUCUCAUUGAUAUCUACAGUGACCUGCAUUCAAACGAGGAGGAUUUGGACAGAAUUGCUGAAGCAAAUGAACUUUUUGAUGCUGUCCUGACUGGCUCAGUCGAUCAGGACAAGAAAGUCAGCAGAAAUGUGGUCCCUCCUCCAAGUAAAGAGACUCCAGGUAAAGAGACGGAUAAGCAAGAAGAAAUGAAAACCCCAAAAGGGGGAAACUCAUCGAAGAGAUUAUCUUUAUAUAUUGGAAAUUUCCCCUGGUGGACAUCUGACAAGGACCUCACGUGCAUGGCCCAGACAUUGGGCGUGAAGGACAUCAUGGAGAUCAAAUUUGCUGAGAACAGAAUCAAUGGCCAGUCAAGAGGCUAUGCAGAAUUGGUGGUGACCUCAGAAGAGUCCUUAAAAACAUUGUUGGAAAAAAUACCCCAAUGUGAACUGAAUGGGGAAAGGGUAGACUGUCGCUUUGCUACUCGACAGAACCUCACUGUGUUUGAGGACGUAGCAAACAAACGUAUACCCCUGCGUGCUAAUGCCAAAGAUCCUAAGGAAUCUCCAGACUCUUCUGAUAAAAUUCCCUCAUUAUUAUCACAGGAGCCCAGCCCUCCAACUAUACCCCCGCUUUUUCCAUCACAUCCACUUGCAAACAGGUUUCCCUCACUACCCAGCCCGUUCCUUGGUCAGCCACCUCCUCCCUUCCCACGUAUGCCGCCAACCAUCCCUCCACUCCUGCCACCCCACUUGUUCCCUCCCCAUCCAGUUAGCAUUCCCAUCCAACUACCUCCCAGUCUGCAUAUAAAUCCAGCAUUCUUCACAUCAGCACAAGACGGACACAGUAGUAAAGGUUACAGCCAGCAAAAACAAACAUCUAAAAGUACAGAUGGAGAUUUUGAGGAGCUGAUGAACAGAAACAGAGCUGUCGCCAGCAGUGCCAUCACCAAGGCUGUGUCAGGAGCAACAGCUGUGGAGUUCAAGACCAAGCUUUGGCUGGGCCACUCAAGAACACUCAGAGACUUGUCACAAAGCUGCUCCAGUGUUGUCAUGACUGUGUGCUUUGGGGCAUUCUCGUCCUGAAAGGUGAAUCCUCACCCCAGUAAAGGUUUUGUGUGUCUUUGUGCAGCUUUUCUUUAAGGGGCCUCUCUUUAUUUGUUUCUGUGUGUUCCCUCAAUCCCAAUUCCCAGUCUCUACUGCUCCCAGCUAUCAGUGUAGCACAGUAUUGAAACCACCACAUUUCAUCACAUGGAUGGCAGCAUCCAAUUGAUGAGCAGUAGUUGUUUUCAGCUCACACAGCACUUGGUAAUAGUGCAGAGUUUAUUUUUAGUCCUUUUGAUGCUUUUGCAAACUCAAAGGCAAAUACAUUAUAUACUAUACUUUUUUUUUUGCUUAUGUCUAGCCACUGUACCACAAAAACGUGAUCAAUGUAGUGCUGCCUGUAGACAUGGUUAAACAUGUAAUAUGUAUUAAGUCCAGUGUGCUCCUGGCAACAUCAGUGCUUCAGUGCUUUGAAAUGUAUUUAUUAUUUGAAAAUUAUACUUUUCCUUAAUAUGUGCUUUGACACAGACAUUACUUCAAAAGCCUUGGAGUCAUGGAGUCCCUUGAACUUUAUGUGUGUAGCUUUUUUCAAUCCAGUUGAAUCAGAUAAAUAAGCUACAGGUACACUUCAGUUGUUCAAGUGGCGUCUCAUCAAAGAUGAUCAAAGGGAAAAAAGGAGAAAAGGAGAAACCACAAAUGGCUUGUGUAUAUCUUUAAAUAAAUAAUUUAAGGUGGAGUUUGUAUAAAUAUUCAAAACAGCCUUAUUGUGUUUUGAUUUUUGGCAAAAUGCAUUUUAAUCCAUUUCAUUAGUCAACACCAAAAUGUGGCAAAUAUAGAGUCCAAACACUACUUGGUUAGUAUUUUCUUGUUGGGAUGUUGGUGUGUAAGAUGUUUAAAACAUUUUUCACAAUGUUUUCAUAUGAGCAGUGUGAUUAAAGCACAUUAAUAACAAGCUAACAGUUGGCAGCAGAAUGUGCCUGAUGGAAACGCAAUGCUUUGUUACAAAUACUGUAUGAAAGUUAGUAUGAUAGUAUAAAUCUCAAGGUGUUUUAGUAUUAUCUAAGCAGCGUGAAAUAAGCUGUUGCUGGAAACUACAUGUUAAAAUAGAGAUUUUCACGGAUGCACCAUGUAAAAUGUUUGUGCUGAAAAGUGAUGAAUGACAACCUUUUGAUGAGCUGACAAGUCUUUUUGUAACUGAAGUCCAAAUGGAUUUCAGUGCUUGAAAUUUCUAUAUCUUCACUUUACAUGGCGGUUAAUGUUGCUAUGAAUUUUUACAUUUUCAUUAACCAUAAUUGUAAAAAGUGCUUACUUUUUUUUAAUUUAUUUUUUUAAACUGUCUUUAAUAUCUAAUUUCUCAAACUACUAAUGCAGGAGAUCUGCGGGUGGCCAUGGAGACUUUAUUAACUGCCAUUGCUAUCAUUAAGCAGUCCAGAGUGUUUGGAGAUGAACGCUGCCAGGCACUGGUCACCUCACUCAAAGACUGUCUAGUCUCCAUUCAGGGCAAC